AGGCACUGAUUAGUUUAUUUGCAUUAUAACUUUAUAAAUUAUGUGUAGCAUUUAAUUAAUUUCUCGUAUUAAAUUUUUCCUUCUGAUCUUUUUAUUUUAGAUGAGAUACUGACAACCACAACAAAACCGAGCAUACUGGUGGCGGAAACAAAUGGAGCAGUUCCAAAUCUCACACCUACGACAUCAGUACUUGCAACAGACUCAGCCAUAACCGAAACAACGAUACCAAUGACCACGACAACAAUAAUGACUACACCAGCGUUAACGACGGCUACAAUGACAACACCAGUAACAACAAUAGCUACCACUACAACUCCUGUGACCACGUCAACCACAACAACGGAAACCACGACAACGCCUGUAGUGACGACAGUUACCACAACGGCACAAGCGACAACAGCCACUACAACGACUCCCAUGAUCACGACAACCACAACAAAAGUACCUGAGAUAACGACAGCCACGACAACAACGCCAGUGACGACGCUGAAUACAACAACCACAUCCGCGACUACAGCAGUCACCACGGCACCUGUGACAACAGCCACUUCGACGACUCCCAUGAUCACGACAACCACAACAAAAGUACCUGAGAUAACGACAGCCACAACAACACCCGUGACGACGACUUCCGCGGCAAUGACAGUCACAACAACAACGCCAGUGACGACGUUGAAUACAAAAACUACAUCCGCGACUACAGCAGUCACCACGGCGCCUGUGACGACUGCCAGUACGACGACUUCCAUGCCCCCAACAACCACAACAAAAUUAUCCGCAACAGAACCAUUGACAACAACGGCCACGAUGAGUCCAAACACAACAGUCACCACAGUACCUUUGACAACAGACACCACCGCGACUUCCACGGUCAUGACAACCACAACAACACCUAUAACAACGACAACUGUGAAAUCGCCUGCGGUGACGACAGUCUCAACAACUCCGGUGACCACGGCAACUACAACAAGAACCUCCGCAACGAAGAUGACUGCAGCAUCAACACUGUCAACGACAGCUGCAACAAUAACACCCGUGACCACGAUCCCAAUAAUAUUGGCACCGACAACGACGACAGUUGUAUCGACGAUGCCCACGACGGCAGUAUCAACAGCACCAGUGAACACGUUAGUAAGGUCGACAAAUCUACUAUCUACAGUAGGCAAUACAGUAGAUACUGUUUUAGGUAUUCUCACUACGACUACAAAAAGUCCAUUAACGACCACAACAACUGCUCCCUCUACUUCUGUUAAUACUACAUCCAAUGUUAUCAAUACCAGCGUGACCACCACAACUGCUGCUGAUACUACUACUACUGCUGCUACUACUACUACAACUACUGCUGCUACUACUACUACUGCUACUACCACUACUGCUACUACUACAACUACUGCUGCUACUACUACUACUGCUACUACUACUACUACUGCUACUACUACUACAUCUACUUCAACAACUCAGAAAGCAAGUCCCGUGGGUGUCACUAGCGCAACAACACUGUCUACAACCACUCCGAUUUCCACUACUCCUACCACUGUGCCAAUGGUUACAGAGCAAAUACCAUCGUUUGAAGAUAAUUCUGGUCCAAAAAUAGUGCCACCACCAGUUCCACUUUAUCCACCACCGAAUGAAGAUUUGGUCGAUAUCCGAUAUGAGAAUACAGCUAAUCACUAUUGGUCAUUUGAGCAGGGCGAUGGAAAAUCUGUUAUCACUGAUCGUGCUCCAGAAAGUAACAUACUGACAAAGUCUAUUUAUGAGAGAUUAGCAUCAUUUGAUGAGAAACUGUAUCGACCAGGACCGAUUAAUGAUGACCUGAAAAAUUCGAAAAAGUCUUUAUUUACACCUUUGAAUGGAACACUGUCAGACAGCAGCAUACGUGGUCCUGGUAUUCAACCCAAUAAACAAAGUGUUUAUAUAAACUCAGACGGAAGUAACCAAAGUUGCAUCAGCUUACUGAACAGUAUUGAUCGUGAAAGGUUUUACUUUAGACAAUGCUUGCUAGAUGUGACACAAUGUGACUAUGGCUUGAGUUUAUCAAUAUGGCUUCAAUUUACCACUGAAAAUUUGAAUCCCAAGGAAAUAAUUUUAACAACUGCUCCAGAAAAUUCAAAUGGAUUUUCACUCUUAAUUACUGGUGGUAUGUUGGAGUUUCGACUGAGAUCCGUAAGUACUCAAUGGACAGUUCAAGCGCCAAUAACGAAGACGCUAAAUCAAUGGACUAACAUUGGUGUAGCUUGGGGUAAAAGUGCACAAAAUAUAAAGAUUGUGAUAAAUGGAAAAAGAGUGGCCAUGAAAACCUUCUACCAAGGAGAUAAUUAUGUGGGCAGUAACUUAUCACCCACAUCAAUAUUGGUUGGUUGUAGUAUUGAUAUAAAUGGAAAGAUGAUUUCCUCGUCAGUAAAUCCGGGAAUGAAAGUCGCUGCAAUCGCUUUAUGGUACUGGCCAAUACAGUUGGAUGAAAUAUUCAUUGGAGGCCUAGAUAACUAUUUAUUGACAAACAAAGUGGUCGCAGAACAACCAGUUACACAACCACCUCAAUUAAGUUAUGCUGAUUACACUAAUGAAGUGGAAGAGCUUAUACCAAGUAAAGAAAUUAGCAAAGUUUUAAAUCCUAUUUACCAAGUCGCUGAUUAUUACAAUCCGUUAUUAAAUUUAACGACAAAUUACUCAAGAAAUAAUGUUAAACUAGUAGUCGAUCGGUCUAAAUUGAAAACUGCUUACCAGUUAACUGAACCUGAUAGCUGUUUUGAGAUGGAUUCAUUCGACCAAAGUGUUUGUCCCGGGAAUUUGAAUUUGUGUUCUCAAGGCUUAUCGAUUGGAGUUUGGAUUAAAAUACCAACAGAAUUGAAUACCAGUUCAGUUAUACUGGAUAUUUUAGAAUUUGUUAAUGGUAUCACUGUAUCGGUUUACAAUAAUUACAUCAACAUUUUCAUUAAUACGACCAAGGGUUUGGUAGUCUUUCGUGUAUAUAAUGUUGUACCGAAAGACGUUUGGUUUAAUCUUGGCGUAGCUGUAUCAGGCUUUAUGAAUCCUGUUGUUGCCGUUUAUUUCAAUGGUAUCAAAAUGCCUGCUGAUCAAGUUCUGCCACCGACAGAGAUUCCACUGAAAAAAACUGAUACCUGCCUUCAAGGAUUGAUUCUUGGGAGUUCGAAAAUGAGUAGGACCGCUGCUGGGAUAAGCCUCAGUGACUUCAUUCUGUGGUAUAGAUGGCUGGAUUCAUUUGAGUCUCAUCUUUUCGUAGGUUACACAAGAAGUCAACUAGAAAAUUUGCACAAUGCCAGUUACUAUUGGACACCUGAUCCAUAUAUACACUAUGAUAGCGAUGCACAAAUGCAAGUCAGAAGGAAGUAUAAUUACUUACAGCCGGAAAAUGAUUAUUCCUUAACAGAGAUACCUGGUUAUUCACUUGCUUCAAUUUUUCAAUCGAAACAUGUCGAAUUUCCUUUCACUGAAAUUGAUCAUGAGAACAAAUCCACAGUACCCGUAUUCGGGAUGAAACCGCAACAGUAUAUGAUGUUAGGUCUUCGUAAAUCCUCUGAGGUAGUACCGACCAAUCUAAUAUGGAUAGGGAAGUGUUUACAUGAACCGAGUUUGACUGCUUGUAAUGCUCGUGGCUUUUCAAUGUCAAUAUGGAUUAAGUUAUUAUCUGUCAGUCAAAAUCGACUAAGAUUUUAUUUUAACUCUGGUGACGGUGGCACUAGCUCAUCAACAAUGAAUUAUUUCCGAGGAAUAUCACUAUUUACGGAUACAUCGUUAAUCGGCGUCUCAGUAUCACAAUUUUCGCUUACUUGGCAAUUAGUCCUCGAUUCAAGCAGCUAUAAAGUUGGACGAUGGAUAAAUAUUGGUGUAUUGUGGCGUGGAGAUGUUGGAUUAACAUUAUUACUAGAUGGUGUCAAUUUUGGCAGUAUGCUUCCCAACGGUAAUAAGGUCUAUAAACCACGUGAAUCACCACCUUAUGUCGUACUCGGACGAUUUAAUACAGAUGACCAGUCAACUUGGUUGUCAUCGUCCGAUGCGGAUUAUGAAAGUAAACAAGGCAAUGGGAAUGAAGCUCAAUGGGAAAUGAGUCAUUAUGCACUAGGUGAUAUAACUUAUUUCAAUAGAUUAUUGAGUCAGAAAGAAUACAAUCAGCAAAUCGGAUUAUUAGGCGUUCCACAUCUACAUGAUAUAACUGGCAAUGUGUGGUUUGGCAGGUAUAUGAUAAAUCCACCAUUAUCUACAAUCCGUGAUGCUGUUUCAAGAAAUAUUUCAAAGCCUGGAGCAAUUAGAAAUAGUUCUGUUUCAGAUUCAGUAAACCUCCUAAGUAACCCUGAAGCAGUCCAACUAACCGGUGGAGGAUCUCUACGUUUGGGCACUUUUCAGCCGAAUACAUGUCCAUUCAACUUACAACUCUGUGAAAAGGGAUUAAGUAUUGGUGGCUGGUAUCGUUUUGGCGGUUAUUUCUACAAACCCAAUGUCAAUCAAACUGAACCAAUUAUACUUUUCACCGGAGCUGGUGGAAAUUACGGCUUAGUUGUUUCCAAUAAUGGAGCACUUCUUGGAGGAUGGUUACAAUAUGAAGUUGUCGAAGGCAAUAACACAAUAAGAAACUAUUGGAAGUGUGUUGUUGAUGGUUUGGAAAUCGGCUUGCAACAAAAAAAUAUGCAAUGGAUUCAUCUGAGCCUAAUCUGGGGCACAACUUCAACCACUACUGAAAGUAAUAAUGUUCUACAAUUACUAAUAAAUGGCUUGAUAUUAAUGCAGUGCAAUAAAAACACCCAACUAGCUAAACCAACAAACCAAGAAUGGAUUGAUAAUGCAAUUAAGAAAUCUCAAAACCUAUUCGACGAAACAAAUACACAUAAACAAUCUUUCCUGUUAAUUAGUUCAAAAAGCCUUAGCCCAACUGAAAAAUUAACAUUUUCAGUUGCUUUAAUAGUUUUACAACCGAAAUAUUUGACAUUGAAUAAUAUGAUGAGUUUAAUUGGUUUAGAGUAUUUUGAAUUAUUGGAAUUGAGAUAUUCAACUUUCUACUGGCAGAUGAAUGGUCUUCUUCGGGAUUUAACACCGAACCGAAUACAAGGCGUUAACGCUUACCAAGGUCGUGAUCAGUAUGAUAAUUUAAAGGGUGCAUUAUGUACCCAAGGUAAUGAAUUGUCAUAUAUAAGUUUCACUGGUGAUAAAAUCGAAAGAAACGGAGUUAUAACCAACUUAUACGAUUCUUGCCUAUUUGAUCCAUCAUCGUGUAAAAGUUUCGCUGUAGCUAUUCGUUUAAAACUAAUUGAAUUACCUCGACAAUCAGGCAGUGAGCAAGAAAUUCUGCGUACAACACCAAUAGGUGCUGUAACGAAAAGUGUUGGCUUAUUUAUCAAUUUAUCAACAGAUCAAAGUGAAUUUAGAGUUGAAAUACGAGGCCAGUUUUCGACGUCGAAAAAUUCAGUCAAGCUUACUUCAUUUUACCAACCAGGUAAAUGGAUCAAUAUCCAAGUUUUUUAUUAUCAGGAUCGACCAUUAACAAUACGUGUUGAUGGUAAUUUAUUGGCACCUAUCGAAAAUGGAACUUUCAUUAGUGAAACAAAUGCUAAAUUGUCUACUCAAAUGAAAAUGCAACAAAGUGUAAUAGUUGGACGUGGUUUAAAAUUGUGCGUCAGCUCAAUGACAUUAUAUGAUAUAUCUAGUGGAUAUGAUUUAAAUUCAGUCAUCAGUACACCUAGUAAAAGUACUUGUUAUCAGAAAAUGGAUAUGUUUGAAACACUGCAAGGAACUAUUGCUGACUACAGUAAUCGUGAGAACUCAGCUUCUCGACUGGAGACAUUCAGUAAACCAUUGUUAACUCCAUUGAUAACAUGUUUUCAAAAUCCGGAUUUAUGUAAUAAAAAUGGCAUAGUAAUGUCAAUGUGGAUAAUGAUCAGUGGAUUUGUCAAUCAGACUGGCGACAAUAUUACUCUGAACAACAAUGAAAAUGUCACCGCAAUAAUCUUAUCGACUGGUCCACCCGACAGGCCUGGAAUUCUACUUCGUAUCACUGGUCGAGCACAAAAUGGACAACUACAACUUUCGCUGAUAAUCAGCAUAUAUACUGAAAGCUUUUUAUGGUUAAUUGAUUCAGUAAACUCGAUAAAACUUGGUGUAUGGACCAAUAUUGCAUUCAGCUGGUAUAGUACACCAGAAGAUCAAACAGGGGCACUUGAACUCUACAUAGAUGGUAUACGCAAACACUCAUCGACGAUACCGAACUCUGCAUUGAACAUGAAGGUGGAUACGAAUGUCACAUCAAGUGUUUACAUCGGUUCUGCAUAUUACAAAUUGAGGAAUUCUACCGACAAUUCAACCAACCAAGUAUUCGCUACAGGUGGAAUCACAAAUUUAGCAUACUGGGAAAAUAGCAAAGUUAUCAGUUGCUCAAAACCUAGGAAAACUCAUAAAUUCCUACGGGGCGACUGUGAUAGUAAUACAGACCUACCAGAAACAGUUACAUGCAUUCUGAUGCAGGGCUGCAGGCAGACAGAUGGUUCUGUGUGCAUGGAUUAUACACUGUCGAACAUCAUUCGUAUGGCAAGUCAAGCUAAUAAGCUUGUCUAUCCAUCAGAUUUUAUGAAAAUAUUGCAAAUUAGUACAGAGCUUUUGAUGAAAUACAAUACUACAGAUACUUUUGGUAGUGGCACUAGUAGUAUUAGUAGUUCAAGUGGUGAUGAUAAUGGAUAUGCUAUAAAUCUGUUAUCCUCAACGAUAAGGAUAAUACGUGCAUGGCCUACAGCGUUUCAGAAAUUAACAGAUUUAAUGAGUCCGCUGAUUUAUAGUGAAAUAGCUGCAAUUAAAUUAAAUAUUCACUCAAGUAUCACAAAUUUAAUUCAUAUGUUAUUGUCUUCAAAGUUUAAAGAUGCAUGGUCGAUUCUCAUAAUUGAUCAAAAAAUAUCCUAUAAUGAAUUAUUAAGUAAUCUGAAUCAAAUCCUUUUAUACAUUUCAACGUUCAAUACAAACAACCAAACGAAUCAAUGUUACACAUUGUUAAAGUCACUUGAUACAGAUGUAGCCAGUUAUUCUCUGAAUUUCAAGUUGAAUAAUAAUUGUUCUACUAAUACUUCGAAUUCUUUGGCAUUAAACGUUUCAUAUCAAAAAAAUUAUGCAAGGAACAACUGGUAUUCGGAAUUUAAACUUACAGUAAAUCCCACUGGCAUUCGAAAGUCAAAUAGUGUGCAAGAACAACGAAGUAAUACGUCCAUAACAGGAGGUUUAUCAAUACUGACAAUACUAGAUAGGGAUUUGCAAGAUGAUGAAGAAUUUAUAAUUGCUGAUAUACCUUUAAAAAAAUUUAACGCAAACGCACAACUACGACAGGUAAAUUUAGAGGCCAAAUAUAAUCCGCUUAGUAACAGUAAUAGAAGUGUACCUGAGAUGAAUGUCCAACGUGUAUUCUUCAUCGCAAGUCCGUUAUAUUCAGUCAAAUUCUUUGCUACAAAUCAGUCGGAAGCAUCAUUAAGUAAUGCUGUUUCUAAUGGUAAUGAUAACAAUAACUUGUCCAUCAGAAUACAGUAUACCAUACCCUUACUGAAACGAAAUAAAUACCAAAGUGUUUAUUACUACCAAACAACAGGACGUAUGAUUUGGAAGGCUUAUAAGGCUGAGCGAUCCCAUGAUGAACUAGCUAAUCAGAUACGUUGUGUAUACUGGAAGAAUGGAGAGAUGCAAAAUGGUGAGUGGGAUACCAGUGGCUGUCAAAUAGUAAAAGCCAAUUUAACGCAUGUCCAAUGUGCAUGUAAUCACCUAAGUUUAUUCUCUGUAGCUAUGGAAUCAGAAGAAGCACCUUAUAGAAAUCCACCAAUUUGGAAGGCAUGGGGUUUAACAAGUGAAUCAGAAUUUGAUCUGGUGAUGAAUAUUAUUAUCCUGGGUGGAAAUAGUCUGUCCUUGGUAUGUUCAGUCUUAUUUCUAAUGACACUCAUUACGGUAUUGAAGAAAACUGAUAUGCCAGACAUAUGUUUAACGCGAAUCGGCCUGUGCAUUUGCCAGAUAGGAUUUCACGCCACACUGCUGACUGAACCACUUUUGAAUAAGUAUCAAAUCGCCUGUCAAGUUAUCGGUUUUUCGAUGAAUCUCUUUUCCAUACUGGUUUCCAGUUGGCUAGCAAAUGAAACGAUCAGUUUGUUUAAAUGUUAUGUGCUGGGUAAGCUGAAAAUGACAUAUUGUUGGGCAUGGAGUAUCGGUAUUUUCCUACCAGCCUCAUUGGCUACAGUGCCUACAGUAAUAUCGAAAGCUAGUUCACAAGGAGGAGAUCUGCUGUGUUUGCCAUCACGAGAAUCACUGGAAUUUUGGAUCAUGUUUGGUUCAGUUUUCGCAUACACGAUUAUCGCUGUACUGACAUGCAUGACUCUAACCUGCAACAUAGAAACCCCAGCAUUUUUGUCUGCAAACAUACUUGACAGACUGCUAACUCGCGUGAAAAAACUUAACUCGUUAGUUUUAUACCACACAAUCACAUGGAGUCUGUUUGCUAUGGUUAUUCAACUGACAGUACCAUACCUUGUUUUCGUUGCAUUUACUCUGGUCUCAUUACAGGGUUCCUGGAAUUUUAUUACUUAUGGCUUACGAGACAGAGAACUAUUUAGAGCUUGUACUGGGAACUCAAAAUCUUGGAAACAAGAUUUUACUGAAAAUGUCGGAAAUCAAAAAUCAAUCAAAAAUCAGCUUAUUGUGAGCAAAAGUCAAUCGAAGGAUGAUCAGUUCAGCCUUAGUGGUAAUCAUGACAGAGAAGACAGUAAAUAUGACACUCGAAUUCUUCAGAGAAAUACAACAGUGAACAAGGAUUUUCAAGACAACUACUGAGUCUAUCACUGACUUCUUCAACAUUCUUGUUUUUAUCUCGCUUUUCCUCCUUACUUAUUAAAUAAUACAAAAGAUAUUAAUAUUUUGUUCAUAUGUUUCACUUUAAUAACCCUGAAGGAUAAGUCUAUGGGUUAUGAGUUAAAUGUUACACAUUUCAUAAUAUCAACCCACAAUAAAACGUAAUCGGUUA